AUGAAUGAACUUUCACUUGUUUUACAAAGGAAAGAUCAAGAUAUUAUUCAGGCUGUGGGGUUGCUUGUGGAUAUGAAUGAACGGUUGCAAACCUUGAGAGACAAUGGUUGGGAGGCCUUGUUUGAAGAUGUCAAAAGUUUUUGUGCUGCAAAUGGAAUUCUAGUGCCAAAUAUGGAUGAACACAUACCAAGUAUGGGCCAUUCACGGCUGGAUGGCAUGACUGUUUCUCAGCUCCACUAUUAUCGUGUUCAGAUUUUCUGUGCUGCUAUUGACUCCAUUAUAACAGAGAUGGGUCAUCGUUUCAAUGAUGGUUCUAUGGAUUUGUUAUUGCGUUUUUUCUGUCUUGAUCCAAGGAAGAACUUCUCCCAGUUUGAUGUGGAGAAAAUUUCUCAACUUGCAGAUAUUUAUUCUGAAGAUUUCUCUGAGGCUGAUUGUGCAAUUAUAAAUGAUCAACUUGAAGCCUAUAUUUGCUAUGUGAGAAGACAUGUUGAAUUUACUUCCUGUCAUGAUAUUGCAAGUUUGGCUGCAAAGAUGGUUGAAACCAAGCAGCAUUUGAAUUUUCCAUUGGUAUAUCGCCUCAUUAAGUUAGCAUUACUCUUACCAGUUGUGACGGCAUCAGUUGAAAGGAUUUCUUCAGCUGUUAACAUUAUCCCUACUGAACUGUGCAAUGAGAUACCUAUUGAUUGGUUGAGUGAUUUUGCCAUUUACUACAUUGAGGAAGACAUAUCUAAAGAACUUGAUGCUGAAAGAAUUUUAGAACGCUUUCAAAGUAUUGUAACUCGAAGGUUGCAGUAA